CAUGGUCCCUACUGUGUGCCGGGUUCUGGGCUGAGUACUCCACCCUCCUAUAGUCCAGAGCUCCUUUUUUGUCUUUCCCCUGAACCUGGUGGGUGCGGCUAGUGCGGAAAUUCACCCGGGAAAGGUCCAGAAAGCUCAAGCCCAGAAGCAGCCUGAUCCGCGCCGCCAGAGGCGGCAGGUCUUGGGCAGCCCGGGAGCGCGCGUCUCCGUGGCCGCGCGGGGUCCCCCUGUCUGGCGCUCAGGUGGCUUCGCCGCCCACUCCACCGCUCCCUUCCCCUCCCCUCUCCAGAAAGGGUCGAGUUCGGCUGUUGCGCGCGGGGAAGGAAGGAGGGGCUACGAGGGAUUUGAAAGUGCUCAGGCUGCCGAGUGGAGCUCUCGUCUGUCCCCGCCGCCUGCGAGCGGAUUAAAUUUCUGCAAAUUUAAACUGAAUGAGGCUUUCUUCUGCUGCCUUCCAGAGGGCGCCUGCAACCCGCCGCGCGCUCCUCUCCGGCGGGAGCAGCCCCGGGGUGCACCGCUGACGACCCGGCGGGCUAGAGGGCGGCGGCGCCUGUGUUUGGGGGACCUCGCCACCCGACUGCGCCCCUCUUGGACUAGCAGCCGCUGCGCCCAGCACCCGAGCAGGGUACCCGACGGGACGGCGGACGCGAUCUAGGCGACCGAUCCUCCGAGGACGAACUUCUCGGGGGCGGGUCCCCGGUCGCCCCGUCGCCAGCUAUUGUCUGCGCGCCGCGCUCGCAAGAAGGCGCGGGGGGCGUGAGCGCGAAGACCCGGGCCGGGCGGGGCCGGGCCCAGGGCGGCGGCAGGAGGUGCCGGGGCAGUCCGGGGAGCCGGAGGAGGAGCGGCUGCGAGCGCGGGAGCCGAGCGGGCGCGAUGCCGGCAGCGGCUGGGGACGGGCUCCUGGGCGAGCCGGCGGCGCCGGGGGGCGACGGGGGCUCGGAGGACGCAGCCAGGCCGGCGGCGGCCUGCGAGGGAAGUUUCCUGCCCGCCUGGGUGAGUGGCGUGUCCCGCGAGCGGCUCCGGGACUUCCAGCACCACAAGCGCGUGGGCAACUACCUGAUCGGCAGCAGGAAGCUGGGCGAGGGCUCCUUCGCCAAGGUGCGCGAGGGGCUGCACGUGCUGACCGGAGAGAAGGUCGCCAUCAAGGUCAUCGAUAAGAAGAGAGCCAAAAAGGACACCUAUGUCACCAAAAACCUGCGGCGGGAGGGCCAGAUCCAGCAGAUGAUCCGGCACCCCAACAUCACGCAGCUGCUGGACAUCUUAGAGACGGAGAACAGCUACUACCUGGUCAUGGAGCUGUGCCCCGGCGGAAACCUCAUGCACAAGAUUUACGAGAAGAAGCGCCUGGAUGAGGCCGAAGCACGUAGAUACAUCCGGCAGCUCAUCUCUGCGGUGGAGCAUCUGCACCGGGCUGGAGUGGUUCACAGAGACCUGAAGAUAGAAAAUUUGCUACUAGAUGAAGACAACAACAUCAAGCUGAUUGAUUUUGGUCUGAGCAACUGUGCGGGGAUCCUGGGUUACUCGGACCCAUUCAGCACACAGUGCGGCAGCCCUGCCUACGCUGCUCCGGAACUGCUCGCCAGGAAGAAAUACGGCCCCAAAAUCGAUGUCUGGUCAAUAGGUGUGAACAUGUACGCUAUGUUGACCGGGACCCUGCCUUUCACAGUGGAGCCUUUCAGCCUGAGGGCUCUGUACCAGAAGAUGGUGGACAAAGAAAUGAACCCGCUCCCCACCCAGCUCUCCACAGGGGCCAUCAACUUCCUGCGCUCUCUCCUGGAACCAGACCCUGUGAAGAGGCCAAAUAUUCAGCAAGCACUGGCAAACCGCUGGCUAAACGAGAACUACACUGGGAAAGUGCCCUGUAAUGUCACCUAUCCCAACAGGAUUUCUCUGGAAGACCUGAGCCCCAGCGUGGUGCUGCACAUGACUGAGAAGCUGGGCUAUAAGAACAGCGACGUCAUCAACACGGUGCUCUCCAACCGCGCCUGCCACAUCUUGGCCAUCUACUUCCUGUUAAACAAGAAACUCGAGCGCUAUUUGUCAGGGGUUUUCUGGUAUGCAGAUUCCUUCGGUUGCCGCAAUCUUUUCCGCAAAACCUCCGAUUCCAAUUGUGUGGCUUCUUCUUCCAUGGAAUUCAUCCCUGUCCUGCCUCCCAGGACACCCAGGAUUGUAAAGAAACUAGAGCCACACCAGUCAGGGCCAGGAAAUGCCAGCAUCCUCCCCAAGGAAGAGCCGCUGCUGCUGGAUAUGGUGCGCUCCUUUGAGUCUGUGGACCGCGAGGACCACAUAGAACUGGUGUCCCCCUCCCACCAUUAUAGGAUCCUGAACUCACCUGUGAGCUUGGCUCGUAGGAAUUCUAGUGACAGGACACUCUCUCCAGGGCUACUGUCCGGAAGCACGUCACCUCUCCAAACUCCACUACAUUCCACGCUGGUCUCUUUUGGCCAUGAAGAGAAGAACAGCUCCCCGAAAGAGGAGGGCGUGUGUUCCCCUCCUCCGGUUCCCAGCAAUGGCCUCACACAGCCUCUGGGGAGCCCCAACUGUGUGAAAAGCAGGGGAAGGUUCCCCAUGAUGGGUAUUGGACAGAUGCUGAGGAAGCGGCACCAGAGUCUGCAACCUUCUUCAGAGAGGUCCCUGGAGGCCAGCAUGUCCCCCCUGCAGCCCACAGCCCCCUCCAGCCUCUCCUUUGACAUGGCUGAUGGUGUCAAGGGCCAGUGUUAACACGGGAUGACAAGAUUCGUGGUCUUUGAGAAUAGCAAUGGAACAGAGCUCCACACAUACAUCAGGGCAUGAGCAGUCUCAAGAGCAUCCUUCAUCCCUGCCUCCCUCACAAUGUCCCAAGCUCGGACCAGUUGUAAUCCACAGACUCAAAGCCUGCACACCCAGCCCAGCCUCACUUAGGGAUCAUCUGAGAUGCUGAAAAUCAGAAGGGCCAGCUGUAGGGGCCGUCCAUUCCAGUCUGAGACCCUCUUUCCUACAACCCCUCAUCCAGCCCUCUCCAGUAUCCCCCAGCUGGGCUCAGAGCUGAAAGCCACAACUCCAUCGCUGGACCACUCUCAGUUCCAGGUCGGUAGGAGGCCUUCCUUCCCUCUGCUACAAGUGUGCCUCUCACAGACUGCUCUGUCCAGUAACCAGUCACGGACUCAUAGGGACCAUACCACUCCAAGGACGUCCACCCAGCCUAGGGAUUCCACAGAGAGAAGCAACCCUUCUUUCCUGAACAGUGAGUCCCUGAGGGAGGGCAGGAGUGUUGAGUCACACUGCCGGACCCCAGGAACCCCAGAGGAAGAUGGGAUAGAGCCUCAGACAAAGAUGGAACCCAACAGUGAGAUCCCACAUGGACCACGAAGACUAAAAAAACCCUACAAUGUUUUCUCUAAUUUGUCUUUUAUGUCUUUCUUUUUCCUUUUUUUUUUUUUUGAUUGAAACUUGCUGAGGAUUGAAAGAACUUGUCCAAAGAAAUCUUUCUUUAUAUGAUGCUAUUAAAUUGAAGUAACUUUGGGGGGGGAGGGAGUCAGGGUCUCCAUUAAGUAGCCCAGGCUGCUUUAAAGUCUUUAUCCUCCUGCCUCAGCUUUCAAAGUGCUGGAAUGGCAAGUAUAUACCCCUGUGUCUGUCUCAAAAUAGCAAUUUUUUAAAAAAAACCUCAAUGACCAGAUGGGAAGUGCUUCUCCCAAAUUCAUGUUUUCCUGAGAGGCUGCAGCGUCACUCAGGUGGCCAAAAAGCUGACCCGGGUAGUGAUGGCAGUAAUGUUAGACCAUGGUGGCCUGCAUGAGUGACAGCAGCCUGGCCGUCCUGUGUUUGUACUGUGGCAGCAGCUCCGCGUGGUUCCAGAGAAAGAAGGGGUUCUCGAGGCAGAGUCGAGAGGACGGCAAGAAGGCGGCACGCACCGUGCAGUGCUAUCUCGGCUGCAGCUGGAGCUUAGCUAUGCCGGGGGCUGGGAGCAGGCUCGCCCACUGGGAGCACGUUCACGGAUAGUUUGUCCCCAAGGAAAGCGGGGUCCCCCAAGCAGGCUCUCGGUCCACGUUGUCUUCUGCACCUUUCCCCUCCAGGAUUGAACCAAAGAUGCGUUUCUGGUUUCGUGGCUGUGACAACCUUGUGUCUCUUGUGGAAUCUGGUGUUGUCGGAUCCUGUCCAGCUGGCACUUGAUUGGGGGACUGUCUCCUUGUGGAUCCUGGUCCUUAGCGUGGGACGGCUCAGUUACGGGCAGCUUUGUAAGGAGGAGAAGGACCGGCACAAGUCCGUUACAGUCGGUUUAGAUGAGUUAUGGAAUAGCCCAGAAUCUUCGAUCUUUGUCUAUUUCAGAUGUGAUCAGAGACCACAGCUGUAGACAUGUAGUCAGGUUCGUCAUCUCAGUCCACUGAUUGUAAAGUGGGCUAAUUUCUUUAACGUCAUAAAGCCAGGCUUGGCCACGGAAGGAUGAGGCACAGCAUCGCCGUCUCUCAUUUGCCUUGGCCUCCCUCAGCUCUGACAGGGCAAGAAGAACACACACAUUUGGCCAACCCUGGAAGCAAGAUGCUCUAGUCCUUGCUGAGCUUGGCAAGACCUGGGCUGCUUAAUCCCAGGGAGGGGCUCCCCUACUCCCUAGGGACCAUCAGGAAGGCCCGUCUCCUCCCAGCAGCCAGCUUCCAGAGCUUAAUGUUGAAACAGAACUCCGCGAGCAGAGGGAAGACUCAUCUGCAGAUGCUGAAUUGGCGUCGUGUGCUUGAGUUUGACGGGUGAAGAAUCCUUUCUGAAGCAUCAAACUGCCAACUGUAACGGCCUGGCUCUGCCAGUUGGCAGGAUGUAUACCUGCGUGCCGUGCCCCCCCUUUUCUGUAGCCCCUUAUGUCUCUUUCUGGCUGUUUGCUUUCCUCACACGUGUGCGUUUGUGUGUGCCUGUGUUGGUGUUAGCUCAUGGAGAAAGCGUUUCCCAUUCUGCGAACGCGUCAAGAAAGGUGUCAGAUGCACAACUAGCUGCCUGCGUUGCCAGGGGUAACAGACUCGGAACUCAGGUGUGUGGUGAGCCCAGUGGGAGAGCGCGGAGGGGAAACUAGCUGCGGUUUGCGGUGUGACUACACCUGAAAGACAAAUCUAUGAAGCCAAGUGAAAGAAGAAUGUUGAGUUCUUUGUUGUUCUAUUAUAUUUAUAUGGAAAACUUGAGCACCCUUUUGUUAAGUACAGAGUGUGUUGUCUGUUUGGCCCAUGACUGUCCUUCAUGAGUCUUUGCCUAGGAUUUCAGUCAGCCUGUGGCUACUGAUGGGAAUGACCGAACUGUCACUGUGUGAAGUCCAGGAGGAAGAGUCCAUCUUAGCUGUACGGUUUGGCCAUGAGUAAGGACUGUAUUUAUGUCACCAUUAUUGACUAUAUGUACUUUUAUAAUGGCUGUGAAAUACACUUUUUCCUCA